CAGAUGUAUGCGGGCGCGUUGCUGGCCACGGCGGCGCGGCUGGCGUGGGACCCCAGCACAUACACGUGGUUCCGCUUCCUGUGCGCCGCGCAGUACCGCGUGUCGGCCGCCUACGUGCUGGCGGCGGGCCUGUGGCUGGCCGCGCUCGUCUACCUGGCAGCGGCCGCCGCGCACCGCUCCGCCUCGCACUCGCACUGCCUGCAUCUCUACGCGGCGGGCGUGGCGUGCCUCGGGGUGAGCGAGGUGGGGUACGGCGCGUGGAUGGGCGUGUCGCUGGCGGCCUGGUGGCGGAGCGCCCCGCAGGCCGAGCUGGCGCGGCGCGGCAUGGACCUCAUGCACGACAUCAAGCCGGCGCUGCUCGCCUUCACGCGGUACAAGGACCUCGUGCGGCCUCUCUACGACAUCAUCGAGGAGAUGGAACGGGAGGCGCCCAACAACGCCUUCGUGAUCAUCGUGUUCGGGGUCGUGGGAGCCGCGCUGCAGGUGGCGGCGUUCGUGAUGGCGCGCAUCCUAGCGCGACGGGCGGGCGAGGCGGCCCGCGUCCCCCGACCCCCCGCCGCGCCCGACGCCGCCGACGACAGCGACGCAGCGGACGAGCCGCCUCCCCCGCACUGGAGGAAGGACGCCAACCUCCGCAUGUACACCAUACUCGACAAGAUUUUCUAGCAGGAGGAUGAAGGAGACGUGCGUCGCCUCCCCCCGCCGUCCCCGUCCGCACCCCCGCCCCCCUGCUCCGCCCCCGCCCCGCACGGAGCGCCCCCGUACGUCGCGGCCCUGGGACCGGUCCCUGAGCGAGCGGGGUAGGGCGGGUCUACUGUCGCCCCGACCAGAUAUCUGAUGCGAUAAUGCUCUAGCGAGAUGCAAUCGAAUGCACGAUGCAGGUUUAGUUGGAAAAAUAACAAUGCAUCUUAGUAUCUUUUUCGGUUUUCUGGAGCGGUGGACAUAAUUUAAAAUAAUUGUUACUGUGUAAUCUCGCGUUCGUUGUGUUUAUACAUUAAUAUUUCGGGCGUUUCCUGCAUGAAAUGUGUGAAAUAGUUAUGAAAUAGUCAUGUUACAAAUCGUACAUAAUAAUGCAAAGUUAUUGUUGCAGAUUUAAUACAAGAUGUUAUGCAUAAGCGUAUGUAAUCCUAAUAAUUAUUUAGUUGUAAGUUUGACUUUAACACGAAUUAAAUGAGCAUUUCAAUAUUUUCUAUCGUA